GUCGCGCCGCCUGCACCGGCUGCGGGGGGGGAGGGGGUCCGGCUUCCCGGGCCGUCCCCCCCCCGCCCCCGGGGAAAAAGGCGUUUCAGGGCUCCCCCCUUCGGCGCCGCGCAAAGUGGCUUCGAACAUCCUCCAAGUCUCUCAAAGUCCUUGGGACGCCCCAGAAGUCUUCCAGCUCCCCUAGAAUGCCCGUUUCAGCUCGCCACCCCCCCCCAACUAAGUCUGUCUUAAAAUCGGUUUCAACUACCCCACGAAAAAGUGCGGUUUCGUAGUCCUCAAAAAAAGUCAGUUUCACACGCCCUCCAAAAAAGAAAAAAACUGAGCGGGGGAGGGGCUGCGCUGGGGCGCCCGCUUCACACCCGGCCUCCAGUUGGCAGACAAAGAGGGGAUUUCUCUGCUGCUUAAGUUGGGUCUCCCUCGACCUCGGAGGCCCCUCCCCACCCCCAGCCUCGGAGGUAUCUCCCGGCCUGCCCCCGUCCCCACCUGGGGACCCCUGGGGAAAGUCGAGACUGGAGGGGCCUGGAGUGCAUUUCUUUGGGACGGAGAUUUUUCUCUGUACCUUUUUCUGGGGGUGGAAUGGGUCCUGGCAGGUGGAUCCCCCAUCCGCCAUUCUAGAAUGGCGGGGGCACCCUGCUCUUGGGACCCUCUCCCCGCUCAGGGAGGGCGGGCGAGGGAUGUUGUCAAAGUUUUGCGUAAAAAUAAUUCCCGGAUACAUCGUGACAGUAAAGCAACCUAGGGUUGUUUUUUUUCUUUUUUGAACACAGUUAGGGUUUUUUAGGGGGAGGGAGAUUGAGGGUGGAGGGAAGCUUUACUGGUCCCUGCAUAGAGUGCGUCCCCCCACUUUAAGUUGUGAAGCUUGUAAAAGAGUUUCGUGGUUUUCUGACUUGUGGAUUUCCUUCAUGUCGAAUUUGGGGGCGACCUUGUCUUCAACGGGCUGUGACGUCUGGGUGGGGGGAUCACCAAAUUUCCCUCGGAGUGGGGUAGGGCCGGGCUGUUCCUCCUCUUCCCAGGGGAGUAGGGGGGCCUCAGAGGAAACCCGGGGGUGGUUGGAAAUGAGAGACGUGGGGAAAGGAGAGGUUCUGGCUGCCCUGCGUGCAGUUUAAACUUGGCAACUUGACGCCCUGGUGGUCUCUGGGGGAGUUAGGGAGUUUAUAUUUGCACACCCUCCCCCCAUUUUUCAGACUCCCGGUGGCCUCUGGGGAGGGCUCUACAGGGAUCUAGACUCUGGAAUUCCAUCUUCCCUGCCCCUGCUCCCAGGGCUCCGCUGGAACUCAGACCCCAGGGCAGUUGAGGGUUUUUUAGGCGGCUUCCCCACUCUGUGUUUUGGCCACUCACACCUCUUUUCUCCUCCCUGUUUCUCCCUGUCCAUCUGUCUCCACGUCCACCAUGCAGGGUUUCCAGGCCUGAGGUGCCCGCCCUGGCCCCAGGAGAAUGAACCAGCCGCAGAGGAUGGCGCCUGUGGGCACAGACAAGGAGCUCAGUGACCUCCUGGACUUCAGCAUGAUGUUCCCGCUGCCUGUCACCAACGGGAAGGGCCGGCCCGCCUCCCUGGCCGGGGCGCAGUUCGGAGGUUCAGGUCUUGAGGACCGGCCCAGCUCAGGUUCCUGGGGCAGCGGCGACCAGAACAGCUCCUCCUUUGACCCCAGCCGGACCUUCAGCGAGGGCACCCACUUCACUGAGUCGCACAGCAGCCUCUCUUCAUCCACAUUCCUGGGACCGGGACUGGGAGGCAAGAGCGGCGAGCGGGGUGCCUAUGCCUCCUUUGGGAGAGACGCAGGCGUGGGCGGCCUGACUCAGGCUGGCUUCCUGUCGGGCGAGCUGGCGCUCAGCAGCCCCGGGCCCCUGUCCCCUUCGGGCAUGAAGGGGACCUCCCAGUACUACCCCUCCUACUCUGGCAGCUCCCGGCGGAGAGCGGCGGACGGCAGCCUAGACACGCAGCCCAAGAAGGUCCGGAAGGUCCCGCCGGGUCUCCCAUCCUCGGUGUACCCGCCCAGCUCAGGUGAGGACUACGGCAGGGAUGCUGCCGCCUACCCGUCCGCCAAGACCCCCAGCAGCGCCUAUCCCGCCCCCUUCUACGUGGCAGAUGGCAGCCUGCACCCCUCAGCCGAGCUGUGGAGUCCCCCGGGCCAGGCGGGCUUCGGGCCCAUGCUGGGUGGGGGCUCAUCCCCCCUGCCCCUCCCGCCCGGCAGUGGCCCCGUGGGCAGCAGUGGAAGCAGCAGCACGUUUGCUGGCCUGCACCAGCACGAGCGCAUGGGCUACCAGCUGCACGGAGCAGAGGUGAACGGUGGGCUCCCGGCUGCAUCCUCCUUCUCCUCGGCCCCCGGAGCCACGUACAGUGGCGUCUCCAGCCACACGCCGCCUGUCAGCGGGGCCGACAGCCUCCUGGGCUCCCGAGGGACCACAGCUGGCAGCUCCGGGGAUGCCCUCGGGAAAGCACUGGCCUCGAUCUACUCCCCGGAUCACUCAAGCAAUAACUUCUCGUCCAGCCCUUCCACCCCCGUGGGCUCCCCUCAGGGCCUGGCAGGGACGUCGCAGUGGCCUCGCGCAGGAGCCCCCGGUGCCUUAUCGCCCAGCUACGACGGGGGUCUCCACGGCCUGCAGAGUAAGAUAGAAGACCACCUGGACGAGGCCAUCCACGUGCUCCGCAGCCAUGCCGUGGGCACAGCCGGCGACAUGCACACGCUGCUACCUGGCCACGGGGCGCUGGCCUCGGGUUUCGCCGGCCCCAUGUCGCUGGGCGGGCGGCACGCAGGCCUGGUUGGAGGCGGACACCCCGAGGAUGGCCUUGCAGGCAGCACCAGCCUCAUGCACAACCACGCGGCCCUCCCCAGCCAGCCGGGCGCCCUCCCCGACCUCUCGCGGCCUCCCGACUCCUACAGCGGGCUAGGGCGAGCAGGUGCCACGGCGGCCGCCGGCGAGAUCAAGCGGGAGGAGAAGGAGGAUGAGGAGAACACGUCGGCGGCUGACCACUCGGAGGAGGAGAAGAAGGAGCUGAAGGCCCCCCGGGCCCGGACCAGCCCAGACGAGGACGAGGACGACCUUCUCCCCCCAGAGCAGAAGGCCGAGCGGGAGAAGGAGCGCCGGGUGGCCAAUAACGCCCGGGAGCGGCUGCGGGUCCGUGACAUCAACGAGGCCUUUAAGGAGCUGGGGCGCAUGUGCCAGCUGCACCUCAACAGCGAGAAGCCCCAGACCAAACUGCUCAUCCUGCACCAGGCCGUCUCGGUCAUCCUGAACUUGGAACAGCAAGUGCGAGAGCGGAACCUGAAUCCCAAAGCAGCCUGUUUGAAACGGCGAGAAGAGGAAAAGGUGUCGGGCGUGGUCGGAGACCCCCAGAUGGUGCUUUCAGCUGCCCACCCAGGCCUGAGCGAAGCCCACAACCCCGCCGGGCACAUGUGAAAGGUAUGCCUCCGUGGGACGAGCCACCCACUCUCAGCCCUGUGUGCUGGGCCCAGAACAGCCACUCGAGACCCCAGGCUUCGUCCACGUCCACACCUCACACACCUGUUGUCAGCAUCGAGCCAACACCAACCUGACGAGGUUCGGAGUGAUGGGGGCGAUCAAGGUGACGCUGGGUCCAGGAGCUCCCUGGGACCCUGGCCCACCCCUCCCUGGCCUCGCUCCCCCUGUCCUCGAAUCUCAGCCACCGUGUCACCCUGUGACUUGCCCCGUGGAUCCUGAAACCGCGUCUUGGCCCUGUUGCCUGGGCUAAUUUUAGUUUUUUUUUUUUUUUUUUUUCCCCAGUAAACAAAACCUGACAGCGAGCAACAAAACAUACACUUUGUCAGAACAGACAAAAAAAAUGCCUUAACUAUAAAAAGUGGAGAAAUGGAAACAUAUCACUCCAGGGAGAUGCUGUGGAGACCUGGCUUAUGCUUCAAAAGCCACCAGCAAAUUGUGCCUAAGCCUAAUAUUUUUUUUAAGGAAAAUAAAAAGAACAUUAGUUAUAAGAUUUUUUUUUUUUUUCUUCUUAAUGUAGAUGAAAAUUAGCAAGGAUGCUGCCUUUGGUCUCUGGUUUUUUUUUAAGCUUUUUUUUUGCAUAUGUUUUGUAAGCAACAAAUUUUUUUGUAUAAAAGUCCCAUGUCUCUCGCAAUUUCUGCUGCUGUUUCUAGACUGAGCAUUGCAUUUCCUGAUCAACCAGAUGAUUAAACGUUGUAUUAAAAAGACCCCGUGUAAACCUGAGCCCCCCCGCACCCCCCCCCCGGAAGCCACUGCACACAGAACGGGGACAGGCAGUGGGUCUUUUGUUUUUUUGAUGUUGGGGGUUCUCCUCUUGGUUUUGUCACGUGGAAAGCGAUGCGUGGGCGUUCCCUGAUGAAGGCGCCUUGGGGCUUCCCUGCCGCAUCCUCUCCCCUCAGGAAGGGGGCUGACCUGGGCUUGGGGGAAGGGACGUCAGCAAGGUGGCUCUGACCCAGGUGACCCUGCCAAGCAGCUCUGGCCCCCAGGGCUACUCCACACAACGUCCUCCCCAGGCCCCCAUAAGCUGCUCUCCCUUGGAACCUGCACACCUCUCCGAAACGGGGCAUGUUGUUGGGACCAGUGACCCCUGGCAUGGGGGCCACACCCUGGGGCCGGGUGCUGGGAACCUUCCUGGACACCCUGUCCUUCACUCCUUUGCCCCAGGGACCCAGGCUCGUACUCUGAACUCAGGGGACGCGGCUCAGGAGCCAGCACAGGACACCCCCACCCUACCCCCGCAUGUCCCCAUUACACCAGAGGGCCAUCGUGAUGUAGACAGGAUGCCAGGGCCCUGGCCGGUCUCCCGCAACGCUGGGAAGCAUCCCUGGGCCUGGGGCCAUACCUGCUGCCCUCCCUCUGUGGGGCCCAAGGGCGAGUGGCUGGAGCCGGGAGACUCUGCUGGUGUGAGCCCCACGAAGGCCUUGGGCUGCGCGACCCGGCUGCAGAACCAGCGGGGUGGCCUCUCGGGCCCAUGUGUGUCCUGUGUGCCAGCAGCCAGGCCUCUCUCCAGGUCCCCUUUUCUGGUCUCUUGCCAUGAGGGUAACCAGCUCUUCCCAGCUGUCUGGGGACUGUCUUGGGUUUAGAACUGCAAGUUUCCUGCCCUGAGACUCCGUUCACUUCCACACAAGCCAGGGUGACGGUCACUGUGGCUCCCAGGUGUGGGCUGGGCUAGCCGGGCACCUUCAUGUGUUCUUCAUGCCCCUCCCUGCAUUGAGGCCUUGCGGACCCCCGGGCUGGCUGUGUUCACCCCGGCUGCAGGUCAGGCGUCUGCCCCUGUGCCACCCCUGAGACUCCCACCGUUACCCCCAGGAGAGCCUGGACUGCCUGACUCCCCUCCCCAGACUUGCUGGGGAGCCUGGGCCCCAUGGCAGAUUCAAGGGAAACCGCGAGGCCAGCUCAAGGCCUGGGAUCUGCCCCCAGUCCAGGCCAGGUGGAGGGGAGGGGCUGUCUGCCACUCUCCCUUCUCUGUGGUUCCCCCUGCGCCCUGGGGAUUUGGUCUCUUAGGGAACUUGCCUCUGUCUCCCUCUUGUUUUGAUUCCGGCCCUGCCCCUAGGUGUGGGUGGGCAGUGGCCCCGUAGCCUCUGGAACUGCGCGUUCUGCAUAGAAUUUAAACGAGAUUCACCCGGCGCCAGGAGGGAGAAACAGCAGUGUCGGGGAACCACAAUUAUGGGGGUGGGGGGGGGUGGGAGGUGUGCUCUGAGUGCCUCAAGAUGGUUUUCAAAAAAAUUUUUUUAAAGAAAAUAAUUUUAUACGUGUCAACACAGCUGGCUGGAUUAUUGGGACUUUUAAACGAUCCUCUUUAAAGUGGAUUCAGAGACCUGUCCUGUGUAUAACAGCACUGUAGCAAUAAAUGUGACAUUUUAUAACGAU